AUGGUAGAGGAGUGUAAUAGUAACAGCUUACUUGCAAGGCUCCUCUCUUCCGCUCCCGCCUAUCGCCUCCCCUCUCCACACCGGCUUUUCAAGUCGACUCAAAAUUCGCCUCCCCUCUCCACACCGGCUUUUCAAGUCGACUCAAAAUUCGCCUCCCCUCUCCACACCGGCUUUUCAAGUCGACUCAAAAUUCGCCUCCCAUCUCCACACCGGCUUCAAGUCGACUCAAAAUUCGCCUCCCCUCUCCACACCGGCUUUUCACGUCGACUCAAAAUUCGCCUCCCCUCUCCACACCGGCUUUUCAAGUCGACUCAAAAUUCGCCUCCCCUCUCCACACCGGCUUUUCAAGUCGACUCAAAAUUCGCCUCCCCUCUCCACACCGGCUUUUCAAGUCGACUCAAAAUUCGCCUCCCCUCUCCACACCGGCUUUUCAAGUCGACUCAAAAUUCGCCUCCCCUCUCCACACCAGCUUUUCAAGUCGACUCAAAAUUCGCCUCCCCUCUCCACACCGGCUUUUCAAGUCGACUCAAAAUUCGCCUCCCCUCUCCCCUUUUCGAGGAGGAGGACGAGAUUCUGAGGAGGUUGGUGGAGAGGGGGGGGGCGCGGCGGUGGUCCGCCAUAGCAGCGCAGCUCAAGGGGCGCGCGGGGAAGCAGUGCCGUGAGCGGUGGCACAACCACCUGAAGCUGGGGAUCAAGAAGGACGCGUGGACGGAGGACGAGGAGGAGACGCUGAUAGAGGCGCACAAGCGCGUGGGGAACAAGUGGGCGGAGAUUGCGAAGCUGCUGCCUGGGCGGACGGAUAACAACGUGAAGAAUCAUUGGAAUUCGACUGUGAGGCGGAAGGAGGACGUGGGGCGGACCGGGGGGAAGGUUGGGGGGAAGCCCACGCUGCUGCUGAGGUAUAUACAGUCGUUGAAAGGGGGGAAGGAUGGGGGCGGGGGGAAGGGGGGGAAGGGCGCGGGGGGGAAGGAUGGGGGGCGGGGGAAGGAGGCUGCAGGGAAGGCGGAAGAAGGAGGGGAGGAGAAGGGUGGAGAGGGGGAGGAAGGAGAGGAGGGAAAGGGAGAUGGGGGAAAGGACGGAGGGAAAGAGAAGGGAGGUGGGAGAGAGGGAGGAGGAACGGGAGAGGAAGGGGAGGAGGGAGAGAAGGGAGAGAAGGAAGAGAAGGGAGAGAAGGAGAGAGUAAAGGGACAGGAAGAUGAGCGUGAGAUAGUGGAAGGCAUGCAGGGAGGGAGGGAAGGGAGGGAAGGGAUGGCAGAUGGUGGGGAUGGGGAUGGGGAUGGGGAUGGGUGUGGGGAUGGGGAUGGGGACGGGAAUGGUAUUAGGGAUGCAGGGCACAGGGAGAAAGAAGGAGAAGGGCCAGCUUUAAGAAGAGAGGAAGAGAAUGGUUUGGGGAAAGACAAAAGAGAGAAGACAGAAGAGACACGGGCAGGCGAGGAAAGGGGAAAAGAGCUACAGGCAAGGGAGGAGAGGGCAGGAGAGACGCGGAAAGACAAGGAGAGCAUAGAAGAGGAACGAGCAGGAGAGGAGACCGAAGAGAUGGAAGUUGGGGAGAAGGAAAGGAGGGAAGGGACGGAAUCAGGAGGAGGGUUGGGGGACGGAGAAGGGAGAAAGGUGGAUGCAGAAGUAGCACAGGGGCCCAACAAUGGUAGAGAGGCAAGCAGUGACGCUGCGAAUGGAGCAAAUGAAGGGAAAGGAGGGGUGAGGCAGUCCCAUGUAAACGGGAGCGAAGGAGCAGAGGAGCAGAGGAGCGAAGUAAUGGGAGAGGAGCAGAUGCGUCUGACAGAAAAGGUGGGGCCUGACACGGGCAGACAGACGCGGGCAGGAAAGGAGGAAGAGAAGGAGCAGCAGACGUCUGAGUUGCCUCAACAGACAAGGGCAAGGAAGGAGGAGAAGCAGGGAAAGGAGGAGAAGGAGGAAGAGGAGGAGGAAUGGAAGGGAAAGGAGGGGAAGGAGAGGAAGGAAAGGCAGGAGAGGAGGAGGACGGGAGGAAGAGGAAGGUCCGAGGGUGGAGCCAGGGCAGCAGAGGAUAUAGGUGAUGCAGUCUCCAUGGACAUUGAUUCAACUCAAAACGCAGAGACUGCUGCUGCAGCAGCGUCGUCCCUCCGCUCGCAUUCUUUCAGCAAUACUCGCCUCCCCUCCCAAGUGACUUCUGAGUCGACUCAAAACGCAGAGACUGCCGCAGCAGCAGCAGCAUCCUUGCGCUCGCGUUCCUUCGGCAACGCACAUCUCUCCUCCUCCCGUGUCCCCAGUGCAAGGGAGGCGAUGCUGGGACAGGAGCAUGCAACCCAAGCGUGUCUAGGGCAGAUGAGCACUGGGCAGCCAUUGGUGGAGCAGGAGCAGAUGUGUGUGGGGCAAACAUUGACAGCACAGACGAGUGUGGGCGACCAGAGGGAUCUAGCAAAGGCUAUGGGCGACCAGAGGGAGCUAGCGAGGGCCAUGCUUCAACUGGACGCACUCUCCUCUGCUGGCCUGCUCAUGGGCCUCCCUGCUGCUGCCGCUGCUCACUCUGCUGCUGCUGCUACUUCUUCUACAUCUGCUGCUGCUCCGUGCUCGUCUGCCCCCACUCGUGCCCCUCCUGCUUCUCCCUCCACCGUCUCCUCCCCCCGUUCUGCCCCCUCCUCUCGCCCCCCAUUCCCUCCCUUUCCUUCCCCAGCACCGCUCUCCACCACAUUCCCCCGCUCUUUCUCCACCCCUCAAGGCCGAAUCCCUGCUUUUUCCCCCUCUUUGUCAUCUCUCACUAAUUCUCUCCCAAAUACACUCCAGCCUAUCAACCCUUUCCCGCACAACCCUUCUCUUCCUCUCCCCACCUCCGCUUCUAUCUCUGUUCCCUCUACCUCCUCUGCUGCACCCACCAAUCACCCCCUCCCCUGCCUCUCUCGCUUCGCCACAGUGUCAGCUUCCGACCAAUCAGCAGCCGGCGGUCUGACCACCCGGGCAGCUGAAAUUGCGAGUGGGGUGCAAAAUCUUUUCGACGCGCUCAUGCGCUCGGACAUCCUCCCUGCCCCCUCCGUUCCAUCCUUCUCAUCUCAACCGUCCAUUCCUGAUGCUACGCGAAGAUCGGCACCGUUGACCCAGCAUCCACAUCCCCAUCUCCCAUCCCCAUACCAUCCUGCCCCAAGUCAACCUCCCGCCUUCUCUACCCUCCCGCCUCCCCUCACAUCCUCUUCCCGAGCUCCUUGGGCUGGGGGGAAGAACCCAGGGAUGGCAGGAGGGGAGGUAAACGUGUCUAGUGUGUCAACCACAGGGCGUCUAGAGGGCGGUGAGCUGUGGACUGGUAGAAGCAGUGGCACCACCGGAUCUGCUGGUAGCGCUGCUGCUGCUGGUGAUGCUGCUGCUGCUGCUGCUGCUGCUGCUGCUACUCGUCCUGCUGCCUCUGGUAGUGCUGGCAGUGCACACAUCAUUGGAUCAGGCGGUUUUUGGCUGGAGGGGGGUCGCAGCGGGCAAGGCAUGCAGAGCCAGGGGGGACUGGAGGCCACUGCUGCUGUGCCUGGUGGCUUGGGGGGCGAGUUUGGAUCGACUCAACAGGGUGUGGGAAUUGGUGGAAAGUACGAGGAAGGAGAAGAAAUGGUUGGAGGGAGGGUGGAGGGUAUUGUUGUGAGAAACAGCGAGAAUGAGAGACAGGGUGCUGCCGGUGAUGAGGUUCGAAGGGAGGAAGAGGUUCCAAGGGAGAAAGUGGGUCAACAGGAGGACGAUAUGCGGGGCAGUGAUGUACAGGGAACAGUUGAGAAGAACAGUCACCAACCGCAAGAGGAGCAGAAGCAGGGUCGGCAGCACCAGCAGCAGCAGCAGCAGCAGCAGCAGCAGCAGCAGCAGCAGCAGCAGCAGCAGCAGCAGCAGCACCACCACCACCAACAUCAGCAGCAGGAGCAGCGGCGGGAGAACCGACAGCAAGAGAACCUGCAUCAGGAGAACCAGCAGCAGCAGGAGCAGCAGCAGCAGGGCCAACGGGAGGAGCAAGGGGAAUCAGCAGCAACAGGAAUGGAUGUUGAUGGUACACUCAAGGAGGGUGGGCACGGAGGGGACGAGGAGCAAGAGACGACUUUUGAGGCGCCUCAAAAGCAAGGAGUGGGGGAGCAAGGAAGGGGCAAGGAGGGGGGUGGUAGAGAAGACAGUGGGGACAGGCAGGGGGAUAGGAAUCCUGUUGUUCGCCGAAGCUGCAGUGAUGGUGGUGGCAGGCUUGGCGCGCCUAUAGCCGUCAUAGACGGCACAAUCCAGCUCGUCGGCGAUCUCUCCCUCCUCGACGGUGGUGGCUCCUUCCCCCCUCCUCCCUCCGCCCACUCUUCCCCUCACCCCCUCUCCACGUCUGCUCCCUUCCCCACCCGCGGCAACACCGCCCCCCUGUCUUCAAAUCCCCUUGUGCUCGCCGUGUCUCCACACCCCAGCCCAUCUCCUGGCGUGGCGGCCCGGCCUUGGGGGAUGAAAUCCCCUCUGCCAGGUGAAUCGCAGAAAAGAGAUGCGGUACUGUCUCCGUCUCCCCGUGCUGCUGCUGCCCGGCCUUGGGGUUUGAAGUCGCCACUACCACGUGAGCCACAGAAAACGGCGCCAGUAUUUAAAGCGCCUCAGGAGCCUCAAGCAGCAGCGCUUCCAUCGGGUGCUGAGGCGCAGAAAUCGAGUGCAGGUCUGGUCAAACCAGGUGUAGCAGGCGUGGACGGGCCCGCAGUGGAAGCAGCAGCGCUUCCAUCGGGUGCUGAGGCACAGAAAUCGAGUGCAGGUCUGGUCAAACCAGGUGUAGCAGGCGUGGACGGGCCCGCAGUGGAAGCAGCAGCGCUUCCAUCGGGUGCUGAGGCGCAGAAAUCGAGUGCAGGUCUGGUCAAACCAGGUGUAGCAGGCGUGGACGGGCCCGCAGUGAAAGCAGCAGCGCUUCCAUCGGGUGCUGAGGCACAGAAAUCGAGUGCAGGUCUGGUCAAACCAGGUGUAGCAGGCGUGGACGGGCCCGCAGUGGAAGCAGCAGCAGCGGCUGCAGCUGCAGGUCUGGAUCGGCCGAGACUCGAUGUGACGGUGGAAGGUGGUGGCGCAGUGCUGGGAGCAAGUGAAGCACCAUCGCGUGCUGCUUCUUAUGGAGAGCCAGGCUCGGGACAGUUUGCGGCUGAUUCGACCGAAGGUGAAGCAGCCUCAGGAAUGGAGGAUAUGGUGUUUGAGAGGAGGGAUGUCGGGACUCAGGUGAAUCCUUUAGAGGGGUCGAGUGGGGGAGAGGGAAUGGAUAGUGUGUGGUCGGGGAAGUUCGUCCAGGAGUGGAGUGGAAGACGAGGGGGGCAGCAUCUUGCCAGCGUGACUGAAGGCAUUGCGAUUCAAGCCGAUAUGAGAGAGAGACACGCUACUGGCAGUGAGGCCAGAGCUAGUGAGUUGAGAGAUGGUGGGAAGGAAGAUGGUGGGAAGGCUGAUGGUGGGGAUGCUGCAGCGUGCAGAGAGGAGGAGGAUGCUGGUGCUGCGACUUCUGAGUCCAUUCCACAAGCAGGAGGCAGCAUGGAGUUCAAUGGUGCUGCGACUGGUGCAGCUACUGGUGCAGCUACUGGUGCUGCACACACUGCAUCUCUUAGGGAGGACGAGCGGAUGGGUCGGCAAGGGCAACAGCAGGAUUACGAGCAGCAUAACAGGCAUGGGCAGCAGAAUAACGAUUAUACUCAUGUGCAGCAGCAACAGCAGCAGUUGGGAGAGCAGCAGCUGGAAGAUGCAGAGGAGGAAAAUGAGGGAAGGGAGGAACAUGAGGAGGAGGAGGAGGAGGAGGGACAUGAGGAGGACGGGGAAGGGGAGGAGUUGCAAGAGCACGAGGAGGUUGCGUCUCAUUAUCAUGAGCCCACGAACGCACCAAUGGAUUCGGGUGACUAUGACUUGGACACUGCAGCCAGUGGCAGAGCCAGCAGUGGUGCUGAUGCAGCAGCAGCCUCCACUCCACCGCCAGUUUCUCCUGCUGCUGUUGCUGCUGUCACAGCGCCUGCAAGCACGGGUGCAACGCCCAACACCAUCAGUGCAGCCCUCUCCCCUGUACACCCACCUCCGCCUGUGUCUGCCACGGCUGCUUCUGCCGAGGCUGCUUCUGCCGAGGCUGCUUCCACUCUCCCUGCUUCGGGUUUCGGCCCGAGUCCGUUUGGUCAGCUUGCCUCUCAAUGGAUUCUCUCCAAUCUUCCGCCCCAACCUGUUGCCACCCAGUCAAACCCAUCCGUCCCGAACCUUCCAGACGUGCUGCCGAGCCUCUUGAACGGCCCUCCAAACCUCGAAAGUACCCGUCCAAGCCUGAUAACCUCUGCAGCACCUGAGAUCACUUAUCCCUCCAUGUCUGACCUUAUAGCAGGGUGGUUUUCAGGUGAUAGCCCAGGUGUGAUUAUGCAGCAGUGGGGCUCUAUGGGGGGACUAGGCUCAGGGAUAGGACCCAGCCCAGGUGUGACUAUACAGCCGUGGGGUACUAUAGGGGGGAUGGGCUUGGGAACAGGACCCAGCCCAGGUGUGACUAUGCAGCAAUGGGGUACUGUAGGAGGGAUGGGCUCAGGAAUAGCAGCCAGUCCAAGUGUGACUAUGCAGCAGUGGGGCUAUAUGGGAGGGAUGCGCCCAGGGGUAGCAGCAAGCCCAGGUGUGACUGUAAUGCAGUGGGGCUCGUUUGCAGGGGGGGGCGGAACGGGAAAUGGGUUCGGAGGGCUCGGAGCGAGCCCAGGCGUGAUUAUACAGCCAUGGGGCUCUAUCGCGGGAGCAGCUGGAGUUGGGACAGCAGCAGAGUCAGGUGCAAGGAUAGGGGCCGAGGCGACAGCAGGUGCAACCCCAGGUGUGAUUGUACAGCAGUGGGGCUCUAACGAAGGGGCAGCAGCACCAGCAGCAGCAGCAGCAGCACCAGCAGCAGCAGCAGCACCCACACUAGCAGCAGCGGCAGCAGCAACCCUACCAGGACUAGAAGCUUCCCUAGAGCAGCUGCUACAGCAGAUGAACCCAUCCUCGUUACAAGACGCCAGUGCGAUAAUAGACGCUCUCAGCUUCCAAGCGUCCCUGGCAGCUUCAGCAGGGCUGCCGUUCUCCAACCUGCCCGCUUCACACGGUCAGAGUGGGGGGAGCCCUCCCACCUGUGCUGCAACUGCUGCCACUGAUGCACCGGCCGCUCCUCCCGCUGUUGCCAAUACUACAGGUGGUUCCGCUAGUGAUGAGCCGCCAGGUUCAGCGUGUGAGCCCAUGGAUAUAUAG